ACCAGCACUAAUAAUUUUGUAGCCAAAACGCCGGAAAGAAGACGGCCUGUAGUAAAAUUGUUUUAAUUAGUUUAUUUAAUAACACACUAAGAUGGGGCGACGCUCUAUAAAUACCACUAAAAGUGGCAAAUACAUGAAUCCAACAGACCAAGCCCGCAAGGAGGCACGGAAAAAGGAGCUUAAGAAGAAUAAGCGACAGCGACAAAUGGUGCGAGCUGCUGUGCUUAAGAACAAGGAUCCUUCACAGAUACUUGAGGAGAUGGAAAAAAUAGACGAGAUGGAGUACAACGUGCUGCAGCCGUCGCCACUUAAUGAAAAGGUGCUGCGCGAUAAGCGCAAGAAGCUAAAGGAAACCUUCGAUCGUGUCAUGAGACUCUAUCAUAACGAUGAGCCGGAGCACUGGGCUGAACUCAAACGUAAGGAGGUGGACUAUGAGAAGAAGCGACUGAAAAAGCAGCAAUACUAUGAAAGCGUUAAGCAUGCUCAGAGCGUACAAGUUGAUGAAAUUCCACUGCCAGCGCCAGUGACAGCAGCCAAUGCCAGCUCGAGCGGCGCGAGCACAGGGAACAGCAAUAAUAACAUAAUAUUUCCGAGUGGAUCUGGUGGCAUUCGUAUGCCACCGCCUCCUAUGACGUUAGCUUUACCGCCAUUUGCACCUGGUGCACCGCCAGGUGUUGCUAAGAACAGCGAAGCUGCGUCCGACUUGCACUCAGAUAAAUCAAAAGACGACGACGAAAAGGAAUGGCUAGGCGUGCCCCCAGGGCCGCCGCCAGAUCUGUUUGCCAUGUCGGAGCUCGACUCGGAUGCAGAAGGUAACACUGACUACGAAGGCGAAGAGGAAGAAGCAGCCACCAGCCCCAAGUUGCAGCAGCGAAUGCAGAAUAUAGACGACUUCAUGAAAGAAAUGGAGCAUGUACACAAGCGCAAGCAUCGCAAGCUGCAGAGCGACGAAGAACAUGAUAGGGAUCAAGCAGAAAAGGAUGACAAGCGGGAUAGCGCUUCGGAGAGUAAAUCACCCCCUGCCCGGAGACGAGGAGCUAACAGCCACAGUAGCAGUAGCAGCUCUAGCAGUGACGACGAAGAAGAAGAAGAAGAGGCUGAUGAUGAUGUAGGUUCAGAUGCCGAUGCCAAGCAACCAGCUUUCAAUGCCACCAAAGAAACAGUUAAGCCAAUGGCAGGUGCAGUUGGCGCUACCACGUCAGUGCCAGCACCGCCAACAGCGCCUUCAUUGCCUGCGAUACCAUUGCCGCCAAGUGCGCCAGCGCUGCCACAGUUGCCACAGUUACCGCAUUUGCGUAGCAUCGCUCCGCCGCCGGGCAUAAUGUUCCGGCCGCCCCCAAUGCGGCCACCUGGGCCGGGUCUUCCCGGUUUUGGUUUGCGUAUGCCGCCUGGUCCACCGCCAGGAUCACGACCGCCACACGCUCUCGGCCCAAUGCCGCGCAUGGGCAUACGAAUGCCUCCAGGUCCGCCGCCAGGAUUACCGCCCCGCAUGAGUGGCCAUCAUCCCAAGCAUGGCAACACUAAUGCAUCGCAAAGCAAAGAGCCUGGCAAAGGCGUAACCAUCAUCACGGCAAAACCACAAAUAAGGAAUCUGAGCGCAGAUGUGACACGAUUUGUGCCGUCAACGUUGCGCGUGAAGCGCGACGACCAGCGUCGAGCAGCGAGAAGCAAGCAACACUCAGGCAUCCACGAUGUUGGUGACCGCAGUGUCCAUGCCCCGCCAGAGACACACAAGCCACCCACGAAAGACGACGCCUACCUGCAAUUCAUGAACGAGAUGCAGGGUCUGCUGUAGCACAGCAGCUACUCACAACCUAUAGCCAGCCUAAUUGUACAUUAAAUAUAUAGUUUAAUUUCGAUAAGCGUACGAUAAGAAGAUAAACCCCAAACUAUUUGCAAUAUG